AAGUUUUAAGCGAGAUCGUAAAAAGUGCAGUGCGGGAAGAAUUCUCCCGGCAAAAGCCUGCUAAUCGGAUCCCAGUAUCCAAUAUUUCUGAAACAAUGAUGAAUAAAAUCAUGAAUGACCUUGGAAUAAAGACCGUCGAAUUAACAGGUCAAGACUUCCAACAACUUGAUCUCGUGACAUGCCAACCGUUUAUAUGGGAUAUGGAGAGGGAGGAGGCUCAGCAGAUGCAUAAUGUUGAGAUAUGGUUUAAGAAUGCGCUAAACCUAUCAAGAGAUUUUCAUGUGAAGGAUAUCCAUACGCAAGUGAACUAUCAGCGACCUUUACAAGGAGCGAACGUUGUUUUAACAGGUGGCUCUGAUAUAUCUAUUGGACCAAGUGGGACAGCUUGCGUCUGGAUUGAAACCAAGAAAACAAAGGAGGAUUUCAAAGAAGGUCAAGCUAUCGGGGAGUUAUUUCUAAUAGAUAACAUUCAUGUUCUAAAUGCAAUGGUCGUCUUGACGGAUUGCAAUGACCAUUGGAUUAUUUUCUAUUUCUUGAAAAAUGAGGAUGGCGUACAAUGCAUUGCGAAAUCUAAAAUUGGUGAUCGUGGUACGGCCUUGGCGAUAAUUAGACAGUUCUUACUCGAAGAAGGAAUCAAUCUUUCCACUUGGACAGGAAAGGACGUCACCUACUCAGUAAACAAACUUGUACCUUGUCUAAAGAAAACGAAGUUUCUUGAACGCAUACCUGAAGAUGAUGGGACCAGAAUGGCAGACAUGGUUGACGACAUGUCUGAACAGGAAUUAUUCAAUAUGACGGCUCGCAAAAGGUUAAGGAUGCUAAGAAAUUGGUGUAGAUUAGAUGAACAACCACAAGUAGAUCAACUUAUUAGACAGUUUAGUGAUGAUUAUGAAAAUCCACCACCGAUGAUGUUCGCAUAA